AGUACUUGCUAUGAAGGUACUCAUAAAUCAAUACCUAAGGUUACAAAUGUGGUAUCGAAGUCGUUGCCGCCCUGUAGGUAUUGUGCUAAUAAAGACCAUCAGAUAUAUAACUGUCCUAUAUUUAAAAUGUUACCUACAGCUCAAAGGCAAUCUUAUGUAAAUGAAAAGCAAAUGUGUAAUGUAUGCCUUAAUAAUCAUGAUGGUAAAUGUAAAUUUAGUUUUAAAUGUAAAAUGUGUAAACAGGGCCACAACACAUUGCUGCAUCAGGAGCGCAAUGUGAAUGUGGACAAGCCCAGGACAAAUAAUGAUGACAGUCAGCAGCCACUAUCAUCUGAUACUGGGUUGCAUAAAAACUGAAAAUGGACCAGUAUUCCAGAAUACCAUGUUAGGAUAUAUUGUUGGAGGAAGUAUUCCUGAAAAAGGUACCACAUGUAAUAUUGUAACAAAUUUAGUUAAUAUAUCUGAUGGUGAAAAAUUGGAAAAUGUAAUGGAGCAAUUCUGGCUUUCUGAAAAACUUCCUGAAGUGGAAAAAUCUACAAAUGAUGAAUUUGUACAAGCUGAAAAAAUAUUCCAGGACUCUGUUUCAGUAAAAGACAAUAGAUUUUAUGUUGAUAUGCCAUUAGCUUUCCCCAUGGAAGAGUUAGAGUUAGGUGACUCAUUUUCUGUUGCCUAUAAUAGAUUCAUAAUGUUAGAAAAAAGGUUCAAAAAUGAUCCUUUGCUAUUUGAACAAUAUAAAAAAUUUAUUGACCUGUACCUGGAACUAGGACAUGCAAAGAUAGUUGAUAUAGAGGGUUAUGAUUUAAAUGGUCCUGUGUUUUUUCUAGGACACCACUGCGUGUUCAAUCCAUCAAGUCGAACCUCACAUCAUCGUGUGGUCUUUGAUGGAUCGAUGAUAUCUAGAAAUGGGACAUCGCUGAAUCAAGUCAUGCUGAACGGACCUGUUGUACAGAGUGAGCUCUUUGACAUUCUUAUUUUAUUCAGGACUUAUCCAUUUAUUUUAACUUGUGAUAUUCAAAAGAUGUUUCGCAAUGUUUUUAUAAAUGAACAUCAACGCGGACUUCAAAACAUUUUAUGGCGCGAUUCGCCCAAAGACCCUACCAACUGCUUGCAGCUUCAAACUGUUACAUACGGUUUAAAAUCAAGCACAUUUUUAGCUACAAGAGCUUUAAAGGAGCUAGCAAAUAUGCAUAAGGAUCAGUUUCCUUUGGCCGCUCAGGCUAUUUAUAAAAAUACAUUUGUUGAUGAUGUGCUGACUGGUGCUGAUGAUGUGGAGACACUUCAGGAGCUGAAAAGGCAAAUUGUAGAGCUUCUAAAAUUAGGUAGUUUCCCAUUACAUAAAUGGUGUUCGAACCAUGCUCCAGUUUUGAGCGAUAUACCAGUUGAGCACAGACAAAUUGAUAGUGUAGAGAUAGGUAAAAAUGACACAGUGAAGACUUUAGGUCUUGGAGUUUCUCUUGCCCUGCAAUUGAUGAGGCAACAAUACUGA